AUGGCGUUUACCAUUUCCACCCAGCCUACUACCCCUUACGAGGGACAAAAGCCUGGGACCUCGGGUCUGAGGAAGAAGGUCACGGUCUUCCAACAGCCGAAUUACCUGGCGAAUUUCGUCCAGGCAACCUUCAAUUCGCUUCCCGCUGACAAGAUUCAGGGCUGCACUCUCGUGGUUUCCGGCGACGGUCGGUACUAUUCGAAGGACGCGGUUCAGAUCAUCGCCAAGCUCGCAGCCGGUAAUGGAGUUCGCCGGAUCUGGGUGGGUCAGGACAGUCUCCUCUCCACGCCAGCUGUGUCUGGAAUCAUCCGCGAUCGCGUCGGCAUCCAGGGGGACAAGGCGUACGGAGCGUUCAUCCUCACAGCGAGCCACAACCCCGGUGGGCCGCAUGAGGACUUUGGCAUCAAGUACAACUGCGAGAACGGAGGGCCGGCUCCCGAAGGCCUGACCAACCAGAUCUACCAGCACACCACUACCAUCUCCGAGCUCAAGAUCGCUGAAGGGCUGCCCGAGGUGGACAUCAGCACCAUUGGCCUGCAGUCCUUUGAUGGUCCAAAUGGCAAGUUCGAGGUGGAGGUGUUCGAUUCUGCUGAGGACUACAUCAAGCUCAUGAAGACCAUCUUCGACUUUGAUGCCAUCCGGGGGCUCCUCAAGAACCCCAAGUUCGCAUUCUUGUUGGACGGGCUGCACGGCGUGGCGGGAGCAUACGCGGAGAAGCUGUUUGUGCGUGAGCUGGGAGUGCCAGCCUCGUCCCUCGUCAACUGCGUGCCAAAGGAGGACUUCGGAGGCGGCCAUCCCGACCCCAACCUGACCUACGCGCAUGACCUGGUGGAGGCCAUGGGGCUGGGCAAGCACCAGCCCGCUCAGGAGCCGCCUGAAUUCGGCGCUGCCUGUGACGGCGAUGCUGAUCGCAACAUGGUUCUGGGCAAAAGGUUCUUCGUGACGCCGUCUGACUCGGUGGCUAUCAUAGCAGCCAACGCGGAGGCCAGCAUCCCCUACUUCAAGGGCGGGCUCAAGGGCGUGGCCAGGAGCAUGCCCACGUCUGCGGCUCUCGAUGUUGUCGCCAAGGAACUCGGUCUCAAGUUCUUUGAGGUGCCGACCGGGUGGAAGUUCUUUGGCAACCUCAUGGAUGCGGGCAUGUGCUCUGUGUGCGGUGAAGAGAGCUUUGGCACAGGGUCGGACCACAUCAGGGAGAAGGACGGCAUGUGGGCUAUUCUGGCCUGGCUCUCCAUCCUGGCCAACAGGAACAGUGGCAGCAGUGAGGGGCAGCUUGUGACGGUGGAGGAGAUUGUGAGACAGCACUGGGCCAAGUAUGGCCGGCACUUCUACACCCGAUACGACUAUGAGGGAGUGGAUGCAGAGGGUGCAAAGACGCUCAUGGCUAAUCUGGUCGCCAGCCAAGCAGACAUCGCUGCACUCAACACGGCUGUGAAGGCAGCUAACAGCGCAGCAGCGGACGUGGUGAGGGGGGACGAGUUUGAGUAUAAGGACCCUGUGGAUGGUUCCGUGUCAAGCCACCAGGGGAUCCGGUUCUUCUUCGCUGAUGGCUCCAGACUGAUCUUCCGCCUGUCGGGCACGGGGUCAGUGGGGGCGACCAUCCGUGUGUACAUUGAGCAAUACGUGGCCGAUAGCUCCAAGAUUGAUGGCAACCCGGCUGAUGUGCUUGCUCCCCUGGAGCGGCAUGUUCUCUUCGGCCUUCUCCUGAGCGCGUCGUACAAGUUAUGGCGAGCCAACACAGCCGAGGCAGCAUUUUCAUCCAUCAUGUUCAACACCAAGAUGAUUCUCGUCGCUCUCCUGUGGGCUGUGGAUCCCCGCAUAUGUGCCUGGUACCUCCUUGCGUUCAUGCUGAUUUUUCUUCUUUGCCCCCAACGCUCACCAGCAACCCCAUCAGCAUCCGACGCCUUUCUUGAGAUGAUCCCGCGCCAGCUGGAGCUAGUGGCGCCUGUGGAAACUGCCACGCCAGCAUCCAACGUGCCAUGCCUGGUCAUGUUCUAUGCAAGCUGGUCACCCCCGUGCCAUCAGCACAUGUCUCUCUUUGUUGACAUUGCCAACCAGUACGGCCAAGGCCCCCAGAUUCACUUUGGCCGGUUGGAUGUCUCUCGAUUCCCGGACGUGGCCGAGAGAUUUUCUAUUGAUACUACCAUGUUCUCCUCUCAUCUUCCAACCCUCAUCCGCUUCCACAACGGCACCGAAGUCAACCGCCUGCCACCGCUCACCACCGCCUCCAGCACCAGCAGCAACAGGUUCAUACCCCGAGCCACGCCUUUCCUUUCCACGUCUUCUCUGGCACCUGGGCUCUACACACCCCCCAGGCUGACGAGAAGCAUGAUAGUGGGUGCGUUUCAGCUGGACCUUUGGAGAAUGAAGGGUGCUCUGGCAACUCUUGUCGGUGUUGCUGCUGCUGCUGCUGCUGCUGCUGCUGCUGCUGCUGCUGCUGGUGCUGCUGCUGCUGGUGCUGCUGCUGCUGCUAGUGCUGCUGCUGCUAGUGCUGCUGCUGCUGCUGCUGCUGCUGGGAAGGCGUAUCCACAACCUCUUGCACUUACGACUUUGUUUCUGCCAAUCUACCCAAGCCAUUCGUCUCUUUCCUUUUCCCAGGAUGUUCUAGCAGAGAAUCGGAAAAAACUGCUGGCUAUCAAAGCGAAACACAUGGCUGCUGCUAGUGCUGCUGCUGGGGGUGUUCCCUGGCCACGUCAACACGAUCAUUGUCAGCAGCAGGUAAACGGAGAAGCUGCCUCGAGUUCAGCUAGACGCGCAGGCUCGGGAGCAGGUUCGGGGAUGGCAGGUUCGGGUCUGGCGGUCCUGGGAGUUGCUGGUUCGGGCAUGGCAGGUCCGGGAGCGGGAGGCUGGGGUGCAAUCUCAAUAGUACUGAAAGCGAAUGGAAUGACAGGGGAACGAGCAGGGGGAGAAAGAGCAUGGGGCGCGGUAGCAGCAGGAGCAGGAGCAGGGGCAGGGGCAGGAGCAGGGGGGAAUGCAGGGGGGAGUGGAGUGGGGAGUGGAGGGGGGAUCACGGGAGGGGUUGCAGGAGGGAAGGGUGGUGGUGGUGGUGAGAUGGUGGCAGCUCCUCGCACCAAUCCCAUCAAGAUGGCAGCAGUGCAGAACGUGCCUAGCUUCACCACCUGGAUCUUCCUUGCCAAGUGA